UAAUAAACAAAAUUUAUUAUCUAUAUCUGUGCGUUAUUCUGUGUUAUCAACGACAAUCUGUUAUCGUUAACUGUGAAAAAUUGAUGAAUAAUUAUAAAUAAUACUUUAGAGGUGUACAGUAUCGAAGUCGUUGUCCGCUGGACCUGAACGUCAAAGUCAACGAUACGACAAGCGUUAAAAACAACACUCGGUAUUUUUGAAAAUUCAUUCGGAUUUGUCUUCGAAAUCUUGCCCACGGUCCGGCGUUCGUUCGCGACGGAUUGCCAGUCAAACGAUAUCAUCGUAAACGGUCACUGUCGCGUACCAUGAACAGGACCAGCGCUACUGCACUCAAAGAACAUUUCGAAGAGACGCGACCGGGGUUCAGCUCGUACUUGGACUGCUUGACCAGAUCGUACGGCAUCGGUGUGGGCGCGCUGGCGUUCACGUUCGCCGUUGUGCACGUGACGCAGCAGAUCGUCAUCAAGCGGUUUCCGGCGGUGCGCAGGACCCACAUAGCCGUGUCCACGGCGGCCGGCGUGGCGGCUUCGUACAUCGCGGCCAAGGACAAGGUGCGCAAAUGCAGGGACUCGUGGGCCGCUUCGCGCGAACAGUGACGGCCGGACGAUGCGGCCGUCUCGUCAGGUGGUACAGUGGCGGCGGAGGAGGCGGUGACGACGGCGCCGAGGACGUCCAGGCCAGAGAGCUGAUCGACAGACAACUGAAACUGGCGCCGGCCGGCGGCCAUCAGGUGUUGAUCGUCCAGCCGUACAUAAAAUGGGGCGCCAAAAAGGACAGGAGCACGACGCCGGAAGUCAAGUUGGACGAGAGCCGGUCGCUGGUGCACACUCUGGACGAAUGGUCGGUGACGGACACGUUAUCGGUGGGCCUCACGUCGUACCGGAAACACACGUUUUUCGGUCCCGGCAACGUGGACGCGAUCGCGCUCCGGGUGGCCGGCGACCGUCGGAUCACGGCCGUGUUCGUCAGCGUCAACGUGCUGAAACCGAUUCAACACCAACAUCUGGAACACCGUUUCGGUGUGCCCGUCUACGACCGGUACCUGAUGGUGGUGCAGAUAUUCCGCAGGCACGCCGUCACUAGGGAGGCUAAGCUACAGGUGGCCCUGGCCGAACUGCCGUACAUCUGGUCGCGGAUACGCGGCGUUCAGGACGGGUAUACGGAGCGGCUGGGCACAGAAGCCGGUCAGAUAGCUCUCAGCGGCAAGCUCGUGUUCGACGACAAGAAAGACUUGCUGAAGGCGUACGAGAAGAAGCUCAAAAGGUCUGUGGACAAGCUGAGGAGCCACCGGAAACAUCUGCGCUACAACAGGUCCAACAAGGAUUUGCCCAUCGUCGCGGUGGUUGGAUAUACCAACGCCGGCAAGACGUCGCUGGUCAGGGCGUUGACGGGCGACGCGGGCCUGGUUCCCAAAGACUGCCUGUUCGCCACGCUAGACGUGACCGUACACGGAGGCGUGUUGCCCAGCAACAUGACUGUGUUGUAUGUAGACACCAUAGGUUUCAUAUCGGAUAUACCUACCAGACUCAUUGAACCAUUUGUCGCCACGUUGGAAGAUGCCAUGUUCGCAGAUGUCAUUGUCCAUGUACGGGACAUGUCUCACCCCAAUGUCCUGGUACAAAAGACUCAUGUGGAAGAGACGCUAAAGAGCUUAAGCAUUAACCCAGACUUGUUGAAUAGUGUAAUCGAUGUUGGCAACAAAAUCGAUCGCCUAGACAAUAUUGACAACGAUGGAAGUUCGGUGUUGAUAUCUUGUACCACUGGAAAGGGUUUAGAUGAGCUCAAGAAAAAAAUAGAAAGUCAAAUAAUUAAAGUCACUGGUAGACGAAUAAUUAAAAUAAGGGUACGCACUGGCCGCGAUGAAUAUGAAUGGUUAAGGGCGCACACAGCCAUUGUCAAUAUCGAUACGGACGGUGAUUAUUCUGUAAUGGAGGUUAUUGUUACCCAGUCUGAUUUAGAUGUGUUUAAAAGUUUGUUUAUACGUAAAAAUAUAAACAAAUAGUUUAAUUGUAGAAAAUAUUUCUUUUUAAAUAAAUGUUAACACAUUUUUAGUUAAUAA